GCAGCUGAAAACGGACAUUCACCGCGGGAGAUGAUGUCACAAGCGUACACAAUGGAACUGGAAGAAGAAGGAAGUCUGUUCAAGGUCCAGUUCCGCUAUGCAGGCAGACGAAUCGUCGACAAUGACCGCCAGGUUUUUGUUGUUUCAGGUCAAGGCCAAUUGCUCGACGCUUUUGGAGCAGUUGUCAGUGGCGUUCAUUCCCAAGAGAAACAUUGGCUCGUUCUGAGCGAACUAUCACCUGGAGUGACAAUGCUGAAGGACUGCAUGAGCAUGUACGUCCAUUUCGAUUGCGAGUUGCCCAACCGUCAACAAUUCGUCGAUCGGACGUGUGAAAUACUGUCCAAGGUGAAGCGAGUGGGAUUCGAGGCGGUACUACAGGGAGUCGAGCAGAGUUUACUCGUAAAUCGCGAACUGUAACCUCUUACUUCGAAGUAGUAUUUACGUACAGUAGGGCCAGAAUGGUACUGCCUCAGAGGAGAAGUACCGCAAACGAAGUUUUAUUCGAGCACUACAACAACGACAGCAUGAACUCCGCUACGUCAGUCCAUCUUUUGAUGGGGUCAGCGUGUAUAGUUCUCGGCGCCAAUAAAUAGUGUAUUAGAAUAUGCUAUUACAUAGGGUUAUAAUAUUCUAGUUACG